AUGCAGUCGAGAAGCACAGUUACAAUCGUCUUAGAGUCAUUGGUUUUUGCCUUGAUUUUAUUAUUGAUCUUCGUUGGAAACGCUGCCACCCUGCUGAUUAUAGCGUUAAACAGCGGAAUGAGAACAACAACGAAUAUGUUCGUUGCAUCACUGGCCAUUUCUGAUUUUCUUUUGGGAGUGCUUUCAGCGGGUCCUGUCGCAUAUCCUGCGCUACUACUGUCUAAAUGGCCUUUUGACGAUACGACAUGUCAGUAUCAAGGCUAUAUCGCUGUAACCUUGGCAGUUGCGUCGACACAAACGUUAGCCCUUAUGGCAGUGAACCGAUAUUAUCGUAUUGUCAGGCCAGCAAAAUACCGAGCCUACUUCACCAUGAAGAAAACACUCAUCUUGAUUCUUCUUUCCUGGUUCUAUUGCAUGUGGGCUCCUUUGCCAUAUCUGCUUAGUGGUUACAAGAUGGUGUUUCACCCUUUCAAAUUCUUUUGCUACCUCCAGAUCGACAGCGGACCGUUCACGGCGUUUUUAGUUACUGUGUAUGUUGGCUUGCCGACUUUCAUCAUAGCCUUCUGUUACCUAAGAAUAUUUCAAACUGUUCGAAGCCACAGCAAUAAUUUUCAAGCUGCAAGUGGAUCACACAAUACAGUUAACGUAGAGGAAAUCAGGAUAACGCGCACACUAUUUGUUAUUGUUGUCUUCUUUAAUCUCUGCUGGACUCCUAUUCUGGUGAUAGACAUGGUUGACACCGUUCAAGGGAGGUGGUCGUUACCUCGCGAAGCUUACGUUGCAUACAGCUUUUUAGCUGUGCUUAGUAGUGCUCUUAACCCUGUCAUAUAUGGUGUAAUGAAUAAGAACUUUCAACAAGAGUAUCUGAAGAUUCUCCGGUGUAGAUAUUGUCGCUCACAAACAUUUGUAGAGCCAUUUAACUCAGGGGAAAGAGGCACUGGUUCAGUUGCGACAGCCACUUAAAAGCCAAGCUAACUCACUAAGCUCUGCCGAAGUAAUUUUUUUCGGCAAUGGGAAAGAUAUCCUCAAUUUAAAGGAGAUUACGAUAUGUAAGCUAAGUAAGAUAAAGAAAAUAAAAGCGGCAAUGGUAGAUUAAAAAGAACAAAAGUGAUUGAGGGUGGAAAAGACUCAGACGAAUUUGAAAAACGAACUUGAGCGGGUUUAAUUCAGACAGGCACACCGGAAAAUAUGUCAGAGCUGAUUGUGGGCGUUAUGCGAGUAUUUCUUUUUGAGGAAUCACUUCUCAAGAUGAAAAAAAGCUACAAAAAAAUCCUUACAUCUGCAGGGCAUUGCGCAGGCAAUUGAAAAUUAACUAUGAUAAUCACGUCGUGAAGAGAUCCUUUCUUGUACCAGUUUUAAUUUGAACUUUGAUGUGAAAAAGACAUCUGCUCAACUGCACAUAGCACCUGUCCAUGGUCUUAUUAUCAUAUUAUGAUUUGCAGUUCGAGUAUCGAUUUUUUCUUUUCUUUUCAGGAAUGACAUUGUCAGGAGAAAUUCAGGAGAAAUUAGAUGCUAGUCACUUUCAGGGGUGAAAGGGUUAAGAAGAAUGCUCAGCAAUCCUGCAUGAUUUGAAAAGAGCCUUCAUAACGAUAAAUACUGAGAGCACCUAUAUGCUUAGGAUUAAUUCUAGAUAAGAGCAAAAAACAAAAAAUAAAGACAGAUGGACUUCAGUUCGCGCAUCUAUCCCGUUAAGUUGACGCGUAAGGUACUAUAGAUAAAACUGCUGCCGAGAAAAUUUCCUAAGGGUGCAUCAUGAAAUUAAAAAGAUUGAAAGUUUGCACAAGUUCGACUUAUUUGCCGACUCGCCUCGCAAGGUAAAGCAACCACAAAAAUCUGUAGUCAAUCUUGGUCAUUGUAUGUGCAGAUUCAUGAUACAUAUUUAGCCUUCAAAACUUGGCGCCUGAAAGUUGAAGGAAAGACUUUAGAACAUGACUCAGAGAAGCGCGUUUACAAGGUUUGCCCGCGAAAUUUUGAUUCAUUCUGGUUCGCUACUAACUGGCUUAAACUGACUAGAGGUGUUAGACAAGGCUGCUCGCUCUCCUGUACCUCUUCAAACUUGGGGCUAAAAUAUUAUCGAACAAGCUUCGACAGACAGUUGAAAUCAAAGGGACUCAUUUGUUCGGAAGCGAGGUUAAAACAAAUCGGUUCGGAGAUGAUAAUAUCUAAUUUUGCACAGAUUUCAUCACGGUAGAUCACGCUCUUAAUAUGGUUGAUAGAUUCGGUGUCUUCUAAGGUUUAAAAUUAUAUGUGAAAAAAACUAAGGUGAUAUGGUUAGGAAAGUGGUCAAAGAAGAAAACAAAACCCUUACAACAACAAUGAACUGAUGAACCUGUUAAAAUUUUAGGGGUGCAGUUCUCCUAUGAUGAAAACAAGAGUAAGCUUUAUAACAUCGAUCUUAAAAUUCCAAAAUUGCAGACAAAACUGGAUUUAUGGAAAGCAAUUAAGAAACUUAACACUGUUCGGAUUAUGAGGAAGACAACAGCGAACGAGAGAAGAGGGGAACGGUUGAAUUUUAUAACAAUUUUGGACGAUCUUGAGUUUGCGGGCGACAUCGCACUACUUUCAUCCAAGUUUAAUGACUUGCGUGAGAAAAGUGGGAGAUUGACGGAGGAAGCACCCAGAGUAGACCAUAAACUUAAUGCGAGAAAUUGCAAGACACCGAGGACUUAGUUUGCAAGGAACAGGGAGAACAUCGUGGUGAAUUGUGAAGAAGUGGAAGAUGUCGAGGAGUUUGCCUAUCUUGGAGCUAUUGUAGACAAGGAAGGUGGAGGCAGUAAAGAUAUUAGGAACAGACUGCAAAAGGCACGUGGUGCAUUCCAGAAACUAUGGAAGGUGUGGGCAGCCAGAAAAAUAGGAAGAAGAACCAAGAUACGCCUAUUGAAGAGUUCAGUCCGACCGGUCCUGUUAUAUGGUUGUUGGUUGUGAAACAUGGAAGAUCACAGAGACCGAUGAAAGAAAACUGAACAGUUUCCAAUGCCAGUGCCAGAGACGAUACUUAGGUUUAGGUGGCAGCAAAGAAUGACAGACAAGAGAGUAGUCGAAAUGGCAGAGAUCAAUGAAAUUAGCCGCGAGGUGCAAAGAAGAAGGUGGAACUGGUUAGGACACGUACUCUGGAGAGAGGGUGUGAACGACUGUUUUACGGCAUUGGGGUGGACACCAGAGGGUCGAAGGGCGAGAGGAAGACCAAAGACCACUUGAAGCAGGACUGUCGAAUGAGAAAGAGGCAAGGCGGGGUUGAAAGAGAUGAAAUGUGGCCAAGGCGGCGGCACGCGACAGAGGGGUUGGACAGACAAUGUGACGGCCCUGUACGCCUUCUAGCGCAACUAGCGGUGAUGAUGAUGAUGACGAUGACGAUGAUGACGUUAAGUUAAAAAGGAUAGCCUACGUGAAGCACCCUCCCACUCAAACGGAAGGAAGGGUAUGGAUACACGUGGGCUAAAAGAAGAAGACCAACCAGUUGUCAAAACUAUCAUAAUUAGUAAUUUAAAUUUGGCCAUAAAAAUUAUUGACGUAGUAUAAUUAUUCAAUAUGCUAGGGGGAAGAACAUUGAUUUGUACAUUGCGAGGGAAUUAUCAUUUUUUUUCUUUCCUGUAAUUAUUGGGAGGAGAUUGACUGAUCUGAUAUAACAGAAUUCGUUUAAGUUCGCGUGCAAACGCCAAAAUUUCUCUUCAGGGUUUUAACUGUAUAACCCUUGCCUACGUAAGUGCUCACCCUAAGAGAGCAAGGUUAUACAAUCUAGGAAUAAAGCGUUGCUUUUCGUUUCCUAUCAAAAUUGCCUCCAUCGGGCGUUCACCAUAUCUCCUCUUCCACAUUUUUUACAUCCCCUUAUACACUGGGGGUCAAAACCUAUCUUUUCUACGUGAAGGCUGCUUGCACUGAGAUGAUACUGAAUUUGUUUAGAUAGCGUGCAAACGUCUAAUCUUCUGCUCUCAACGAAGCAUAAGUUAUGAAAUAAAUGGGGUAAAUUUCUAAAGAAACUGUGGAGCUGCGUCGGUGGGAGAGUAUAGCAGGUAAUUUAGUGUUGACAACUGAAUUAAAAAAUUUAAAUUGGCCAACGUAAAGAGUAAAAAGACUGACGUUUCGAGCGUUAGCCCUACGUCAGAGCGAUUGAAGCUAUGAAAGACUAAAAUUACCAGUUCGACCACAGGCAUCCCAAGCUCACGUCUCGAGAAAAAGCAAACGAUUAAUUCAUGAAACCGUCAACUGUUGCGUAAUUCGGUGCUAAGUUACGAGAGGAACCGUUGAGAAUUUGAAUGCAUUACAUGAAUAGUAUGGGGAACGAAAUAGGGUCGUUUUACAAAGAUAUGUAUUUCGAAAUAUGAAUAUUUUGCAAUUGAAAUCAUUAGCACUCACUCAUAUCUUGUGUGUCUGUUGUGGUUUCCGGCGUUCUCUGCCAUUUUAAGCUUGCUUUCCUCCCUAGGACAAGCAUUUCCUUUUUCCCUAAAGAGUCUACCAUAGGUCACUUGAAGUACUAAAAAUUUAAUGUCUGCGUAACUUGUGCAACUUUUCUGUUUCCUGUUCAGUGACAAGCCAUGGCAGUUUUCGCUGUGAUUCCUAUUGAUAAGCCCGAGUUUUCCGAAAUCUGCGGAAAUACAGCGCCUUAGAUGUUUCUGCCGAUGUUCAAAAAUUUUUCCAAACCAUGCCGCACUAAGAAAAGUGUCUCGUUGACAGAUUUUGACCACAAUGUAAACAUAUUGUCGCAAAACGACAAGAUUACAUUGGUUUUAUUUUACAAGAGUAAAUCUCCCGUCACACUCUAAAUUCUUGAAACGUUUUCAAGGGAAUCAUAACACCGACUGUAGCUCUGAAUGAAACACUGCACCAUUGCCAGAUGAAUAAUUCUUUUAAUGUUUUUUUUAAUUUUCAGCCUUCACUUUGGAGAAGAGUCCAUUGCAAAUUGAUCCCGGGAUGGAAAGAGGUUGACGCGUGUGAAUUUUACAGUAAGGCGCGUAAGGUUGGAUGA